AUGGUGUUGAGACUUGAACAGGAGGAAUUACAGACACAGCUUAACACAGGCAAAACAGAGGAGAUAGUCACACUUUCGUCUUUAAUUGUUCACAAAGAUCACACGAAACUUGAUUAUAUACCUUUAUCUGCUCGAAAGCAGCAGUCCCGGUUUAGAGAAACACAGAUGCUUCCGACGGGACUUCUCCGAGAGGAGGCGAGGAUAUUUCUCCGAGAGGAGGCGAGGAUAUUGGUGCUCAGCAGGGAGUUACUCUGCAGGCGGUCCAGCUCAGCUCGACAGACUUAUCGUGCUUCCAUCUGCAAACAGGCUGAAGGAUUGUAUACAUUUGAUGUAAAACUUAAGUUAAACUCAGAUAAAAUCUCAGGUCGGAUCUGGGAAGUAGGAAAGAGUAUUUGGAUGAGAGAUAAUCCCCAAGUAUUUAUAAAUCUCAAGGCGGCUUGGUCUGAACCUAUCAAACCCCUGAUGGAACUUAUUCUUAAACAAUACAGGGAACAAGCAAUGCAGUUGGUCGGCUCAGCCUACUCCACUAUAAAAGUAUCAGACCUAUCCCAGUAUCUGGGUCUAGACACACCAGCUGCUGGCCAACAUGCUCAACUACAUGGAUGGGAUUGGAACACACAGACAGGAAUAGUAAAACCGGUUGUUCUGAAGGCUGACCCUAACAAGCGAGCAGCGCUCUCAAACCAACUCCAACGAGUUGCGGAUUUUAUCUCAUAUUUGGAAAACUGAAGGAAUUAAGAGCUUCUAAACUGGAAUGAGGGGUACUUAGAAGCAGCGAUUCCAUCCUAAAGACCCCCCCCCCCU